CGGAUCCGGAAGCGGGCGCCGGCGGCCGGGAGUCGCCGUGGGCGGGCUGGGCCCCGCCAUGCUCCGCAGCGCCCGCCGCCUCCCCGGCGGCUCGGUGGCGCGGGCCGCGGUCGUGGCGGCGGCGCUGCUCUCGUCGCUGUCGCGGGGGUCGCCGCCCGAGCCGCCCGAGCCCGCGGCGUCGCCGCUCAGCCCCUACUUCGGCACCAAGACGCGCUACGAGGACGCGGAGCCGGGGCUGCGGCGGGACCCGCGGCUGCUGGGCGAGGCCUGCCGGCCGCUGCAGCUGGUGGCGCUGAUCCGCCACGGCACCCGGCUGCCCACGGCGCGGCAGGUCGCCCGGCUGCGGCAGCUGCAGGCGCUGGUGCGCCGCCCGGACGCCGAGCCCGAGCCCGAGCCCGAGUGGAGCCGCCCCGGCGCGGACGGGCAGCUGGUGGAGCGCGGCCGGCAGGACAUGCGGCGCCUGGCGGGACGCCUCGCCCGCCUCUUCCCCGCGCUGCUCGGCCGCCGCCACGCCGGCCGCCUGCGGGCGCUCAGCAGCUCCAAGCCGCGCUGCGUGGACAGCGGCGUCGCCUUCCUGCAGGGCCUGUGGCGGCACCACCACCCCGGGGAGCCCGCGCCCGGCCCGGCGGACAUGGAGUACGGGCCUCUGGAAAUUAACGAUAAGCUGAUGCGCUUCUUCGAUCAUUGUGAGAAGUUUCUAACUGAAGUGGAAGGAAAUGCCACAGCUCUUCAUCAUGUGGAAGCUUUUAAGACCGGGCCCGAAAUGCAGAACGUUCUAAAUAAAGUCGCAGCUACUUUGCAAGUGCCGGUCAGCAGUUUAAAUGCAGACUUGAUUCAGGUCGCUUUUUUCGCCUGCUCAUUUGACCUGGCCAUCAGGGGCGUCAAGUCUCCUUGGUGUGAUGUUUUUGACAUAGAAGAUGCAAAGGUAUUAGAAUAUUUAAAUGAUCUGAAACAAUAUUGGAAAAGAGCAUAUGGAUAUGCUAUUAACAGUCGAUCCAGCUGCGGCCUGUUUCAGGAUAUCUUUCGGCACAUGGACAAAGCAGUGGAACAGAAACAAAGGUCUCAGCCGGUUUCCUCUCCAGCCAUACUGCAGUUUGGCCAUGCAGAGACGCUCCUCCCCUUGCUCUCUCUCAUGGGCUACUUCAAGGACAAGGAGCCCCUGACAGCUCACAACUACAAGGAGCAGCUGCACAGGAAGUUCCGGAGCGGCCGCAUUGUGCCCUACGCCUCGAACCUGAUAUUUGUGCUUUACCACUGUGAAAACGCCAGGACCCCCAGGGAGGAGUUCCAGGUGCAGCUCCUACUGAACGAAAAGGUGUUGCCGCUGGCUCGCUCCCAGGACACCGUGUGCCUGUAUGAGGACCUCAAGGAGCACUACAAGGACAUCCUGCAGGGUUGCCACGCCACUGAGGAGUGUGAGUCCCCGAGGCUGAACAGCACGUCUGAUGAGCUGUGACGCAGCAGUGAGGCGCACCCUGGCUCCCAGGACUGGGGGGGGGGGGGCGCUUGCGGUGGGGGCGUCAGACGGAUGGCGCCUGGGCGUCGCUGGCUGUUCACUGGACAUUUCUCUUGAGGUCUGGACACAUGCGAGGAAGGGUUAGAAUCUGCUGGGAGAAACAGCUGGCACUGCUGAGGUGUACAGGAACCAUUUCUAUUGCUAUUUCUCUGAGAAGUCUUGCACUCUGAUCUCAAAAUCAUACUUGAACGGCUACAACAACAAAAGAAUCAUGUCCUUCGGAAAACCCUGACUUUACUAAUCAUGAGGACCUGACAGGUGUGCUGCAGCCUCAUUUCCUCCCGCAGCACAUGUCAGGGUUGACCUUUCUUACUCAGAAAUAGGCUGAUGCACCGGGAGUCUCGCCCUGGGAGAAAGCUGAGCCCUCCAGUCGAGCGUUGAAGCUAUUAGGCAACAGGACAUCAUCAGCAAAAGAUGAAGUGUAAUAAAACAAUAUUUUUGCUAAAGGAUAUUUGUAAAGUAUUUGAACAGUUUUUCAAUCAUUUUGACUUGCUAGUUUAGUCUCGCAAGGGCAUUCUUUAAUCAUGGGGCUUUUUGUACGUACAAAACAGCCGGCAGGACAGUAGCUCACUUGAUGGCGAGCAAGCAGCUCUGCCCUGUGUGCCAGCCAGGUCCCAGCCCUGUCUCCUGCACAGUGACGGAACCUCGUUGCUGUGGUCUCUUUCACUCUCUCUGCCCAUUUCUAUCGUGAAAUAAAUAAAUGAAUUAAUUAAAAUGAAGUUAAACAAUGGAUGGACAAAGAGCUUUUAUCAGUAAAUCAGAGUUUCUUAAAUUCGUCUGUUAGCAGUUUUUUCAAUUGUCACUGCCUCUAUUUUUGUUUUGUUAUAUGAAAUGUAUUUCCUUUCUAUAAAGAUUUUGUUCUGAUUGCUGUAGUUGUAUAGGGACUAGUUAACUCUUUCCUAGACUAGUUCUGUCGAGUGCUGUGGAUGGAUUUGCUAUGACAAUAAACAACUUCUUGUGGCUUGA